AUGAAGUCUUUCGCCAUCGCUGCCAUCCUGGCAUCCACCGUCGCCGCUCUCCCCACCAACAUCAUCCCUGGUGCUGCUUCUGGUGUCCUCCCAGGCGCCAUUCCCUCCUGCCUGCCCUCUGGCAUCAUCCCCUCGGGCAUCCCCAUCCCCUCGGGCAUCCCGACCUGCCUUCCCUCUUCUGCUGCCGACUCCCAGCUCUCCACUGGCCAGGCCACCAACCAGGUCCACAACGUCCUGACCGUGACUGACCAGGCUUCCAAGCUCGUCCUCGUCGAGCUUGAGCCUACUUUCGCUGGUCUCCUGUCCGGCCUUAACCUGGGCAGCGUCACCCAGUCCGUUGGCCAGAUCAUCCAGGUUGCCCCUACCGUUGGCGCCCUGAACCUGAACGGUGCCACCGGUGGUCUCCUGACCGUUGCCACCAGCGAGGGCUCCGUCGCUCUCAUCAAGCUCACCUCCACUAUUGAGGGUCUCCUGUCCGGCCUUGGCCUCCCCGAUGUUGGCUCGCUCGUUGGCUCCCUGGUUGGCACCAUUGAGGGUGUCGCCUCCGGCGCUACUGGCAACUUGAAGCGUGACCCCCUCUCCAACGUCAUGACCAUCACCGACCUCGCUGGUAACCCCCUCCUUGUCCAGGUUGAGCCUACCAUCCUCUCCCUCCUCGGUGGCCUCGACCUGUCCACCAUCCAGGGCUCCGUCGGCACCGUCGUCGCUGAGGUCCCUGCUGUCUCUGGUCUCGCCUCUGCUGCCACAGGCAUCGCUGCCGACCCAACCCAGCUCUUCGGUGUCCUCGGCCAGGACGGCACCUCUGGUCUCCUCGUCAAGAUUGAGGGCACUGCCACCGGUUUGCUGUCCAACGGUCUGCUGUCCAUGCUCGGCCUGUCCAGCCUGACCAGCACCGUCGGCAGCGUCGUCCCCGCCGGUCUCCUGUAA